AUGGCUGUUCUGUCCCAGUUCCUCACCUCGUUCUCGGCCGUUCUCACGGGCCUUGCCCUGGCGCCUCUGCUCUCUUCGUCCACCGCCAGUCUCGCCCACUCGGCCGCCCUCCUUGCCGCUGCCUUCCUUCCCGAGCCCAAGCCCAAGCCCAAGCCCAAGCCCGAGUCCAAGCCCAAGCCCGAGCCCGAGUCCGUGCCCGAGUCCAAGCCCAUGCAAAAGUCCGAGCCUCUCGUCGAUAUCAUUCCGCCCUCGGAUGGCGAGGACGAUGACAGUGAUGAUGAACGAUCGUUUGCCUCCUCGCACUCGGGCGGAGACGAUGAUCUGUACUCGGAUGUGAUCCACUCAGACGAUGGCUCCAUGAGGGCACUGCCGGUUCCUCGAGACUCGGAGGCUGGCCUGUCUGUUGUUGAGGUCAAGCAGUGGCUGGCGUCACAGCCGCAGCUUGUGGCCGAGGUCACCCACCUCUCGGCAGUGUCGACCAUCGACACGUCGGUGACCUGCCUCGAGCUCCACGCCAAGCUCGCCGGCGCAGUCCGUUCACUUUGCCGCGCCAGCGCUGUGGCGGCGUUCUACUACUCGCGCCCGCGGCGCGGGCUUGUUCCGGUCAAGACCGCCUUUCGCCCAACCAAGUGGCAGCUUGACGCCGGCAUCGUCGGCGAGGUCAUGCGGACCCGUCAGCCGGUGGUGGUUGAUCAACCGAUGGCUCACCCUGCCUUUGACGCUAACUCGGAUUUUUACGGUCUCCAUGAUCCGCUGCCGACCGAGGCGUCGCCGCGGGCCAUGAUGUUUGUGCCAGUCUUUGAGCACGUGCCGUCAACCUCGGGCGCGCCGCCGGUCUCGCGGCUAGUCGGCGUCAUCUACAUGGUCCAUGUUCACGAGCGGACCCCGUUCUCACAGCUCGAGAUCGCCGACAUCUCGCUCCUCGCCAGCCACAUCGGUCCCAUCUUUGAGCGCAUCAUUGCCAAGGAAAUGUCCGAGAAGAAGCGGCGGGUCUCGGUCUCUUGGCGGUCAGCGACGCAGACGGCUUUGCUCAUGGAAAAGGUGCAAGAGUCAGAAGAGAACGCAACCGCGCUCCUUGAUGUCAUCCAGCACAUUUUCUCCGAGCUCCGGCCCGACGAGCUCAUCGCCAAGAUCAUCACCAACGCUCGCCGACUCCUCCGCGCCGACGGCUGCUCCGUCUUUCUCAAAGACGACGAGGAGCUCUACGCCAAGGUCUUUGAGACGCUUGGCUCGCCCAAUGGCGCCGACAGCUCUGCCUCGCCGGCGCUCGGCGGCGGAGCGUCGACCACGUCGGCGGGGCUUGUCCGCGACGGCGCCGAGAUCCGGUUCCCGAUCACGGCCGGCAUCGCCGGUGCAGUGGCGUCGACCGGCAAGCUCGUCAACAUCCCGGACGCGUACGCCGACCCGCGGUUUAACCCCGAGGUUGACAAGCGGACCGGGUACCGGACCCGAUCCAUUCUCUGCGCGCCCAUCCUCGACCAGGAAGGUAAGCUCUUGGGUGUGGCGCAGCUGGUCAACAAGUGCCCGCGCUCCAGCGCCGGCGGCCCGGUCCCGUUCUCGGCGUCUGACGAGCAUCUGCUCGCCGGCUUUGCCAUGUUCUGUGGCAUUGCGCUCCACAACGCGACCAUGAUGGAGCGUGUCGAGCAGUCGGAGCAGCGUCACAAGGUUGCGCUCGAGCUCAUCUCGUACCAUCUGACCGCCAAUGAGGACGAGGUGGCGCGUCUUGUGGCGGCGACCAUCGAGGAUGCCAACUCGCAGCUCUUUGCAGGCAUGGAUAGCUUUGAGUGGUCGCCGCGGCGGCUACUCGCUCUUGAUGGGCUGGACCCCGCGGCGUCCGGCGCGCGACAGGCGUCGGCCAUGGCCCACGUCGGCGCUCGGGCGUCCGAAGCGGUGCAGGCCUCGUUCCGGCUUGUCGUCCGCAUGUUCCUCGACCUCGACCUGCCUGCUCAGUUUGACAUACCGUACGAGGUCCUCUGCCGUUUUGUCAUCACCGUCUGCCGCAACUACCGCGACGAAGUGCCGUACCACAACUGGUGGCACGCCCUCUCAGUCGCGCACACCUUUUACGUCAUGGCGCGGACGAUGCCCAUUGCGCGCUUCCUCCUCCCGCAUGAGGUGCUUUCCAUGCUGGUGGCCACCCUCUGCCACGACAUCGACCAUCGCGGCAAGAACAACGCGUUCAACAAGGCGCAGUCGUCGCCGCUCGCCAAGCUCUACGGCUCGUCCGUCAUGGAGCGCCAUCACUUUUCCCACACCAUGCUCCUCCUCCGCCACGAGUCGACCAACAUCUUCUCCUCGCUCGACUCGGCGACGUACUCCCAGGUCCUCUCGCACAUGAAGCACGUCAUCUUGGCCACCGAUCUCGAGCGCCACUUUCCCAACCUCGCCGCCUUUAAGCUCGAGCUUCUCGGCUCCGACUCGGGCUGCUACAAUGUGCACAACGAUCAUCACCGUAAGAUGCUCUCGGCGCUCAUCAUCUCGGCCUGUGAUUUGUCGGCGUCGACCAAGCCGUGGGACAUCCAGCACCCGGUCACCAUGUCCAUCUUUGAAGAGUUUUUUGCCCAGGGUGACGAGGAGAAGGCCACCGGCAUCACUCCCAUCCCCAUGAUGGACCGCGAAGUCGCCAACAUCCCCGAGCUCGAGCUCGGCUUUAUCGACUACGUCGCUGCGCCCACCUACACCGCCCUCGCCGAUCUUGUUCCAGAGCUCGCCCCCCUUGUCGACGGCGUCUCUUCCAACCGCCAAGUCUGGGACCAGCUGCACAACGAGGGUACCGAGCUCCAUGAGCUCGGCGAUGCCAUCGAGAUGCCCACCCAUCUCCCAACUCUGUGAUAAACA